CAAAAGGACAAAGAAGCACCUCUACUAGGGUAGUGACGAAGAGAAAGAGAUCUCUUGCUGCAAGAUACAGCAGGGAAGACUUCUUAUCUACCCGGCACGAAACCAACCAAAUUUGAAGUCUUGUUCAGUCUGAAUCUGAAAGGACACUGUGUGGUGAAUCUGAAGAUUCAUUCCCGAUAGAUUGAUUUGUUGAUUCGUUGACUUGACUCUUUCUUUGGAAGCCAAAAACUACUUCGAAGACUCUUUACCUUCGCAACUUUGAAAAAUAAACCGAAUUGAAAGAAAUACAUGUCAUUCUACUCGAUCGUGGAUAAAUAGACAUUCUGCUACUGUAGCAGUACGGUCCUUGGACUUGAGCUAAAGGAGAAUCAUGGAUCGGGUCGUGGCAAUGCUCAUUCUGCUGGCACUAUUGGUGGUAAGUGCUCCUUUUCUAUUUACUGCGGGUUAUCAAACUUAAAAAGUAGAGUCAAUAGUUUUACCUCGUCCAUAACUCAUAUCGACCUCUUUCUCUUCGUCGUCUUAUUCUUGAAUUUUCGCUUUGCGGUCGAUCGAUUUUUUGUUUUUGAACGUCUCGAUCGUCGUUUCAAUCCCUUUAAAACCAUUGCUGUUCUUGGUUCAGGCCUUUGUUUUAUUGUUUCUGGCACUUUUUGCCAUGGCCCCAAUCUGCUGCAGCUGCCUGCUCUCUCUGGUUUACACAUUGUACCUAUUCGUGGCUUACGAAGAACAUGGGGUUCAUCACGCACAAGAAUAUGAAAAUCGCUUUUGGACCAUUUUUGCCAUGUUGUUUUCUACCGCCCUUUUCUUUGCUCAGGAUUCUCCUGUGGCCAUAGGAAGGUAUAGUUCCAGUCUAGGAUUUGUUGGAGUCCUGUUUUCAAGCUACGCUAUGCACGUGUACGAUAGAUAUGUGCAUCGAAUURCUCUGAGUCAACAAACAAAAUUGCGUCGAUCGAUWUCUCUCGCAAAUUCGAUCGGUGAUCAUAGGGUGACGGCAGAACAAUAUCUUUUGAAGAUCAAUGAGUGUCUGCGAGACAUCGAUCAGCCACUUAUACCAUCUACAAUCAACAAUUUUUUGAAUCGGCGCUUCGUCCUAAAAAAGGAAAAAGAAAUUAUUGACAUCUUCUUGGAUUGCGACGCAACAACUCUGAAUUACCUUGUUUGCCACUUGAAGCUGGCUUUGCUAGUGUACAAAAUCAAAGACCAUGGAUUCGGUGGACAGCAUCGGACGGAAUUAAUACAAAUCCUUGCAGUGGAGCGAUUAGCAGCCUUGACAGUGUAUUCACGGGUCAUUGUUUUGCACGCCUUACAAAUCCUAAAAUUGAGGGCAAAUCCCCGAGCUGAGUACUGGGUUCGCAACAUACUUCUCAAUUCGACUGGUGAUGACCUAAGUGAUAUAAAAACCUUGACAGAUGCAAAGGGUGAUUAUUAUUGUAUGAGCAAACUGAUCUACGAUGACAUCAAGUCUGAGACGGUUCGACAUGACAUACUUAUCCAUAUGCGAAAGGAGGGAGCGAUGCAGGUCACAAGAAGGCAUCCUGGGACGAGGCGAGGCCCAAGGCGRCGUUACUUGAUGGCAUGGAGGAAGAUUUUAUCUGAUGUCGACGAUACUUUGUUAUCUAGUGGGGGUCAUUAUCCAGCUGGAAUCGAUAAGCGCUAUCCCAAAAAGGUUGUCUAUCCGGGUGUAUUGGCUUUUUACAGGGAGCUUGACCUUGGCAUUUCGGGACCCGACGAUUGGCCAGAGAACAGAGUUGGAAAUCUUGUGUUUCUUUCGGCAAGACCUCACGUUUACAAAGACAUGAGCGAGAAGAGUAACUUUGCCAAGUUUGAAAAAUUGCGUGCCGUAGGAGAAGACGGCCGAAGAGGUAUGCACACCACACCCUCACUCCUAGCCGGCGAUCUUGCAUCCGGCAGCCAGUAUAUCACUACCAAUGAUUUUGAGCCACUAGCCCAGAAAAAAUUUGAAAACUUCAAAAGAUAUGUUUCGAUAUAUCCUGAGUAUCAACAUAUUUUUGUUUGUGACAAUGGUCAGGGUGAUGUGAAGGCUGGGGAGAUGAUGCACGAUAACUUUCCUUACGAAUACCAGGCAACAUAUGUGCAUUUGGURCAGGCUAGGGAGCGAACGUAUGGAUACAAUCCAGAACGAUGGAAAGAAACGGAAUUCCGCCCGUGUUUUUUCAGGACAUAUCCUGAAGCAGCGCUCCACGCAGCUACUCAAGAUCCACCAUUGAUCCGCAUGAACGGUCUCAAUAGAGUUUGUAGUGAUGCAGUCAAGGACUUCAAUGCUGUGCCGAACAAGAAAUGGCAAUCGCCGAAACAAAAAGCCGAAAGGCGUGCAGAAUUAAAUCAAUCAAUUUGGAAAGCAAACAAGACUCUGGCCAACACCGAUGCGGGUGUUGUUUGUCUUAUUAAAGCCGAAAGAUUAUGGGAAGAUGGCGCGAAGGUGAGAACCCCGUAUGGAAAYGGAACAAUAAGAGGGUUUGAUCCUGAGUUCGAUCUUUACGACGUUGAGUUAGAUUGGAGACCGCUAGAUGUACAAGUCCGAGAACACGUUAGGAAUAUUGAGGACGAAACAAUCCGGCCCAAACAAGGAAAGGAGACAGAAAAACGAUCCUCGAGUGUGUUGGAGACAGUAGUCGAAACUGACGAAGUAACAAUAAUCACUGAAGGUGGCGACGAAACUGGUUUUGAAGGUGAAAGAACAAAUGGAGAUGAAAAUGAUCGAAGCGCGUUAGAGCAAGGACUAACGGUUACUUGUUCUACGACACCAGAAGACUACGCUGCACCCGAGAAUGAUAAAAUUUUAAAUUCUAUAUCAAUCGACGAAUCCGAGUCAACAACAAGUGAAACUGAGAGUGACAACCAUGCUCUCGGGACCAAUUCAAGUCUUCCUGCAGUCAAAACUGCAAUUGCUGGGAAAGCGAGUCGUCGAGGAAAAGAACCCGAUGAUUCUUUCAAAGCAACUGCAAAAAUAUGCGGGCGCUCGAUAUCCAAGUUUAUUCCGCCUACAUUACCAACAUUUAAUGAUAAGAAAGGAACUCCCCUUUUUUCGUUCUGGGUUCCAAACCCACGUAAACGUACGGGAGAAAAAUGUUCCACACCAUACGGUCCUGGAGUUGUUGUUGAUCAUCGCAUAGAUCAAAAGAUGGUUGUUGUGGAUAUGGUUGGAUGGACUGCACGCGCGUACCUUAAUGAAGAUGACGUGAAAGUCACGAAGGAAAGCUUGCUCUCUACAUUAUUCAGAAGGCAGGCCAUUUCUUCGGAUAUUCCGCCAUCGCCGAAAUAUGACCACUUUCCAUACAUCAAAGGAAGCAUCAUCCGCACGCCUUAUGGCAAUGCUGAGGUUAUUGUACCACUUCCAAUACCAGAUAAUGACUCGAUUGAUUCAAAUGACACCGAGAACAAAAUUAUUUGUCUUGGAGUUACUUCUUGGACCCUUGCAGACGGGUCGCACCCGAAGUUGUAUAGUACUGUCAAGGCUUGUCAGACGUGGAAAGAUGCAMACGAAGCAAAGGGUAUAUUUUCUGCCUUCGGGACUCUUGUUUCCAGUAUUAAUCGCGAAAUAAAAGAUCGCUUAACAACAACCGCUGGAACGCAAAAGAUGAAGGACGACGGGCUCGCCACACCCAAGUUUAAACAGUAUUAUCGGGAUUCUGCUGCAGUAUCGACCGCCUUCGGUAACGGGAGAGUAAUGAAAUUCAGAAAAAGCGACGGAUUUUACUGCGUUUGUUUAUCUAGUUGGAAGCUAGCUAAUGGUCGAAAUCCUACUGCUUGGCUUCAAGAGAAUGAUGUGAGCUAUCAAAUAGCAAGAGGAUGCAAGGAAGGCUAUCCAGUAUUGACAAAAAUGGGCGUGUCAGGAAUUCUCGAAAGUGUCCAACCUACAACAGGAAUCCAUAUUGUGAGUGCUCCUUCUGCUCGUAUGGUAUUGUACUUGCAACCAGAGGCAAUAUGCCGGGGGCUGAAGGCAGCUGUUGGAGAAGAUGUUCUUACUGCAUACGGCGAGGGAAUAGUUGAGCGCUACGAUAAGGUAAAUGACACUUACGUAAUUAAGCUCAACGGCUGGAAUGCAAGGAUAUAUGCGAAAGCUGAAACCUUUGAUCGUCUUCGCGAUUCUAUGCGAGAUAGAGAUGGAGCUUUCGGAAUGGAUUGGCUCUUGCGCUUUUUCUUUUCACCAUCUGAUUCUAUCCAUCAGGGUACGAGAAGCCGAAGCAACAGUGUUGUUAGCGGAACUUCUACAAGCGUAUUGAGUUUGAAGACCAUCCGUGGAUCGAGCGACUGAUCAUCAUCUUGAAUUAGAUAAGCCACAAGAAUGGGACGACUUCCUUAUUAUCUCAGAUUGUUUCAAUGCCUUCAUGUAAAGAUACGUUACGAAUCUUUCUUUCCUCGAGUCGUGAGAAUUGGCUGUAUUUGUUUCGGAUCAACUUGAAUCGGGAGGAACACUAAAGGAAUCGGUCCAAGCACAGUUUUUAGAUUUGUCAACCACCCUCGAUCAAACGGAUUCGAAGGGAAGGCAGUGCUUGCAGUAUCUUUUGUCAUCUGUUUGUAGCGCAUGUCCAAUAAGAUCUUAUACUCGAGUGUUGUAAGCGCCGAGAGGACAUACAACAAAUGAUACCCAAAGAAGACUGUCUGGAGUGUGCCAAUUGCUACCARAAACGGAAAAAUCACUUUGACAACGAUUUCUUUUUCCAGGGUUCCGCUUAAAAUCUUUGAAAAAAUUAGUGUUGUAGACGGCAGAUCGAAGAAGGCGGUUAUCUUGCCGAUUAAAAACUUGCCAUCUCUGCCGUUUGAUGAUGAGUUCAAUAGAUCCCGAAAGGGACGGUAUAGCAUGAGCCAUCCAUAACAGCAACCAGCACUUAGGUAGAAAAGCGUUAACAGAAACGCUCUGUGAUUAUUAUAACCCACACAAUUAUUUAGCCACACA